CUUUGUAAAUAAAAUAUAUCUUUAAACUUGAGAUAAUAUUUCAAAUUAAUCAUUAUUAUCAUCUCGUAGUCUAGUGAAUGUUUAGUAUCGAUUAGGAUUAAGCAAUAGAACUAUGUGAUUUCAAUCAAAUUUAUUUGUGUUUCGGUAGUAGAACUGGUCUUGUUUAAAAUUCAAUGUCGGACAAUAAUUCAAGCAAUAGAAUUUUGAUCAAUUCACGUUCGUUAUGUUCAAAUACCAACUGAUGUAGUUUAUCAAAAGUUUUUGGUUUAUUAUACUUAGGACAAUGAAUUUGAAUCAGAAAGACGACUCUACGAUGGAAGGUUCAUAUAGGUCUUACGCAAAUUUCCCUGAAGAUGAGCUCCCCAGACCAUCUACAACUGCGUCUACUUUUGAUGCCGUAAGAGUACCUGAAGAGGGCCCCUCCAGCGAUUCUCCAACGGCAAGUGUCCAUUCUAAUGCCGAACCAUCACAACCCAGACGUGAUAGAGAGCAACUCUACCGCAAGAUCAGGGGUAUUUUGGCGUAUUUCAUUCUGGGACUGUGCAACAACUACGGCUAUGUAGUAAUGUUAACAGCCGCGUCUGACAUAAUUGGAAUGGGUGAGGGAUCUGAUCUGGUGAGCACCAUCAGAAAUUGUGCUCAAAUUUCAACCGGAACAAUCCUAUUAGCCGACAUUCUUCCAGCUCUAUUAGUCAAACUGGUGCUUCCUUUCUUACCGUUUGUAGUACACAUAAGAGUAGCCAUUUGCGUUGGUGUAACCACUGCAGGAUAUCUUGUCGUUGGAUUCAGCAACAGUAUUGGCGUAUCCAUAUUGGGAGUUGUACUUAUCUCAUUUUGUUCCGGUUUGGGAGAAGUUACGUAUCUCCAGUACAGCGCCAAUUAUGAAAAGAGUGUCUUAUCGGCUUGGGGUUCCGGUUCAGGAGGAGCUGGAGUAAUCGGGGCCGUUUCAUACUCACUAUUAAAUGCCGUAGGUAUGCAAAGAACGUUGUUGAUAAUGCUGACCAUACCAGCCAUAACAUCGCUAGCGUUUUGGCUAUUGUUACCCAAACCGUUACCCCCCAGAGAAUCUACUGAAGCAGAAGCUGAACAACCAGCCGAUCAAGUCAAGCUCGAAAAUGAGGAGUUGUCUUUAAGAAGAAAAAUUUAUCUGAUUCCUGGUCUCAUGAAAUACAUGAUACCUUUCGGUCUCAUAUACCUUUUUGAAUAUUUUAUUAAUCAGGGCACGUUUGAACUGAUUAAGUUUCCAGACGCUUCCAUUUCAGUUGAAUCACAGUACAGAUGGAUGCAAGUUAUGUAUCAAGUGGGAGUUUUUGUAUCACGAUCAUCUGUUGCAAUAUUGCACAUUAAACAAACAUGGAUACUGGCGGUAUUGCAGGGCAUCAAUGUCAUCAUUUUCACAACAGACGCAAUAUACUAUUAUAUUCCAAACAUCUACAUCGUGCUAGCUUUAGUGCUGUGGGAAGGUCUACUAGGAGGAGCAGCAUAUGUGAACACAUACUACCGAAUUUCCAAUGAGGUAAAAAACCCAGCGGCCAGGCAGUUUUCCAUGGCCAUCAAUGGAUUUGCCGAUAGCACUGGCAUAGCCUUAGCUGGAGUUUUCGCUAUUAUGGCACAUAAUGCCAUAUGUACCAUGCCUUUGCCUCCUUAGUUUUGAGUGCCUACGUGAAGAAGGCCCAUAGAUAUAUAUUUGUUUUAAACUUGAAAGUAUCUGUUGUCUUUAUAAAUAUGAAAUUGGUAAACGUCAAUAUUCACGGCAGCGACAUACAUGCAGAUCCUUUUUAAAUACUGUGAACCACGUCACUCAUGCUAGAAUAAUAGUAUAUUAUGCAAUGAUCAUGUAAUGAUAGCCAUUAAUACACUAGAAUGUUGUAGCGGCUCGUUUCGUACAUACAUGAGAGUUGCAUGCAUGCUAUUUCUUUUACUCCCAUUAAUAAACGAAAUAGAUAGUUAUUUUACAAAUUCAUGUUAAUAGCGAGCCUCUUUAUGAUAUAUCGGAGUUCCUAGAAGAUAGAUUUAAAUUAUGUCUGUGAGUUGUUUAUUACAUUAUUGUUUUUUUGUUCGUGUGAUUUUUAUUUGUUUUAAUUCGUUAGUGUGAAUGAUAUUAGUUAUAAUGUAGAUCUAAGUUUUGAUGUUUUUGAAUACCUAUUUUUUUCUUUUUUGUCUGUAUGUUUUAUCAUUUUACUAUUAUUUUAAUUUUUCAAGUUUCUUUUCAAUUCUUUUCUUAGACAAUAAUUUAUUUAUUUUUUGUUGUUUCUAUUUGUAAAUACUAAAAGAAACAAUCGAAAACAAGUCUGUUAUUUUUUUAUAGCCAUUGUUAAUGUUAAAAAUAACUCGAUUCCAGUGGCUGAAAAAUUUGUAUCAUAAUGAAAAUACGUAUCAUAAUGAAGUUCAUUAUGGAACAGAUUUUAAUCUUUUAAUCAGCGUAUUAUAAAAUAGGAGCAGAAUAUUUUUCUAAUGCAUAAUAUAAUAUUAAUCUAAAGCCCGUAGCCAAAGAUAUAAUAAUAUUUUUAUAGUUUUAAAAAAUAUUAAAAUUAUUAUGCUCACAUAUAAAAUGGACAGUGGCGUAUCUACCGGUGUGCCAUGUGUGCGAAGCACACAGGCCCGGCCCCGAAAGGGGCCCGUGAGCUCCACAUCGAAAUUGCAAAAAAAUGUUUUUAAAGAUAAUAGACCUGAAUUUUUUUUGCUGGUAUAAUAAUGAUAAAUAUAUGGACAAUAGUCUAUCUACGCGCAAAAAAAUACCGGCAGCGAUAUAGUAUUUUUAUUCUGACUUGAAACACUGCCUAUACGAGGAUGUUCCAACAUCACUGUCGCUCUUCUUCUAUCAAUUUCAUAGAAAAUCUAUUGUAAGUUUCUCUGUAUGUAUAAAAUAUAAGCAGCGACGAAAUCGAAAUAUCUCUACAGUGGCCCAAAUUAAUAAUUUAAGUAGGCACGUGCCUAUAGGUUUAAUGAGGAAGUUGCAUAAAAUUUUAUUUUUAUGCAAAAUGUAUUUAAAGUGAAGCAAAAUACUCUAGAAGUAUAUUUCCAUAUUCAAAUCCUCUUUAUAUUGAACCACUAAUAAAUAAUUAAUUAUUUAAAUAUUGAAUAUAACAAAGGGCGCGAAAACGCUCUCAAAUUGGUUAUGACGUCAUGGAACGGUAAACAAACAAAAGUGUGGUUAUGUUAACGUGAUACGUGAGCCGUCAGACGCUUGUGCUUACAUCGAAUUCUACCGAUGGAUUCAGCAUUCUAUGUCGGUCAUUGUCAUUUUCCAUUAACUAAACAAAGAUACCCCUCGUUUUUAUUCUAAUCGGCGACUUCACCGAUAUAACUAUCAUUACUACACUAUAACUUUCUUUCUCUUAAUGUAUAGGGUGUGAGUUCACUGGAAGAGAAUUGAUUUCCAAAAUCAACGUAACACUAUCUUUGUUUAGUGAAUGGAAAAUGACAAUGAUCGACAUAGUCGCAUAAACCAAUGCCAAAACACAAUGGGUAAGAGAGAGAGGGAGUACAGAGACUCGUUUUCAGUGAUGCCGUUUUUAGUACAUUUGUACUAGAUUCAGUACACUACAGUGUAAUUUAGUACGUCAGUACACCAUCGAUAAUUUUAGUACUAUUUAUAGCGAAUUUCAUUGGUAGAACCAGUGCAGAAAAAAAUGUAUUUUUAUUUUUCUCUUAUACAAACUGAUAGUAUUGUAUUGUAUGUAUAAGAGCAGGUAUUAUAAAACUAUUUUGACAGGUAGCAAAAAUUUAACUUAUGGAAUUACUGUGGAAAGUAACGUCAUUCCAGAAGUUAACUUUAAAGUUAACUGUCAAAAUAUUUUAAUAAUACCCACCCUUAUAGGUCUCUUUCUGCAGAAAUCACAAACCAAUCAAAGUGAAUUUCAUUGGUUGAAUCUAGUUUUCUGACUGUUUUCAACCAAUGAAAUUCGCUCUGACUGGUUUGUGAUUUCUGCAGAACAGACCUAUUAUCGUUUAAUCGAAUAAACGAUGUCAUAACUAGAAAUAUUACAAAAAAAUUUGAUUUUUCGUUACUUCACCCGCAUAAAUGCUUAAAAUUGUUAGGAUAUUUAGUACAUUUUUACGUAAUUUAGUACAAAUCAUCGCCUGACUCCAGUACAAAAUUGGUUUGUCUCGCGGCAACACUGCUCGUUUUGACACAUACCGUCUUGUGACGUCAUCCUGCGUUUUGGCGCGAAGAGAGUUAUUUUGAAUUUCUAUAUUUUUUUACAGAAAAACUAUUAGUUGAAAAUUUUAAAUUUAUGUGGCAAGUGACUUUUUACAAUGUGAAAAAUUUAAUAAGAGAAUAAAAAAAAAAAUCUGCAAAUUCCUCAUUAUUGGGUUGGGCUACUGUACGUCUUCCCAGGAACGAUGUAGGUGCACUUGUUGACUAGACUACGCGAUUUCAAUAACAUAACCAGUGUCAUCCCAAUUUAUAUGUAUAUUAUUUGCUAUUUUAUUCCACGUAUUAUUUAGUUGUAUUGUUUGAUAUUGAUUAUCAUGUCAUUUAUUUGUUUGAUGUAUGCCGUCUAAAUGUCUUUUUAAGUGUUUCAAGUCGGAAUAAAAAUACUAUACAUAGUUAUUCAUACCACACUUUCGAAAAUGGUGAAUUCACAAUUUCACGUUCAAAUAAAAAUAUUUAAAAAGGCGUAUUUUUUGAACGACUUUUGGGUUAGUAAAAAAAAAAAAAAAUCGGACCUGUAAUGGGCCCGAGGACGUUUUGGCACACAGGCCCGGAGCUGGGUUGAUACGCCACUGAAAAUGGAAGAAUUCAAAAUCAUAUACCGUAGCAAGUUGAGUUCCUGCUAUAAUUCGUAUGUAUUCUUAGAUAAUAAAAAAUAAUGUGAUGUGGUACAUACCAGUUAUUCUUCAGUUUUAUACUUUUUAUUUUAUACUCCUGGAC